AUGUCCACGGCCACAACGACGGCGAUGCAAAGCUCACGCCCUCCAAUCGUUCCCAAGGAUUUUUCUGCACAGCAACCUCAGACCAUCCGCCUCUAUCCUCUCUCCAAUUACACAUUCGGAACCAAAGAAACACAACCGGAGGAGGAUCCCUCGGUUUUGGCCCGGUUGAAGCGCCUCGAGGAACACUACGAGCAGUAUGGAAUGAGGCGGACUUGCGAGGGAGUUCUCGUCUGUCACGAACAUAACCAUCCUCAUGUGUUGAUGUUGCAGAUUGCCAAUGCGUUCUUCAAACUGCCCGGGGAUUACCUUCAACAUGACGACGACGAAGUGGACGGAUUCAAGAAACGACUGAACGAACGUCUCGCACCCGUGGGAUCGCAGUUCUCCGGCGAAGGAGUCAACGAGGAUUGGGAGAUUGGCGAUACUCUUGCGCAAUGGUGGCGGCCCAAUUUUGAAACCUUUAUGUACCCAUUUCUCCCGGGUCACGUAACCCGGCCGAAGGAGUGCAAGAAGUUGUAUUUCAUUCAAUUGCCCAAAAAGAAGGUCCUCUCCGUUCCCAAGAACAUGAAACUUCUAGCUGUACCUUUGUUCGAACUGUAUGACAACACGGCCCGGUACGGUCCACAGCUCUCUGCCAUCCCACAUUUACUGUCCCGGUACAAUUUUGAAUUCGUUGAUGAGAAUGACAACGUGGUUGCGGCCACCCCGGGUACACCUUUCCCGGAGUCGCGAGUCCCCAGCUCUAAGGUACUGAGUGGUGCAAGUGGGGAUGGACAGGACGAAGGGAUGGCAGACUACGUGGGGGAUGGAACGGAGAACGGAGGGACAGACCGCAAUGCGGUAAAUGCGGUUGCUGCCUGGCCGCAGACGCCCCGUGAGUACAUUCUAACGGUCUUCGGCGUGGAGUACUUCCCUGUCUAG